UGGCCUCCGCUUGUGAUAGUGAGCAGGAGUAGUGAAGAUGGCCUCCCAAGUGUGUCAGAACUACCACAAGGACUGUGAGGAUGCUGUUAACAAGCAGAUCCACCUGGAGCUCUAUUCCUCCUAUGUUUACCUCUCCAUGUCCUCUUACUUUGACCGGGAUGAUGUUGCCCUGCGUCACUUUGCUGAGUUCUUCAAGGAGCAGUCCCAUGAGGAACGGGAACACGCUGAGAAACUGAUGGAAUUCCAGAAUAAACGUGGAGGCAGAGUCCUCCUGCAGGAUGUCAAGAAGCCAGAGCAGGAUGAGUGGGGCAAUGGUCUGGAGGCAAUGCAGAGAGCUCUGCAGAUGGAGAAGGAUGUGAACCAGAGUCUGCUGGAUCUGCACAAACUCUCCUCUGGCCACACGGACCCUCAUCUGUGUGACUUCCUGGAGAGGCACUACUUGGAUGAGCAAGUGAAGAUGAUCAAGAAGCUGGGAGAUCACAUCACCAACCUGAAGAGACUGGGAGCCCCUGAGAAUGGCCUGGGAGAGUACCUGUUUGACAGGCUCACCCUGGGGGAGAGUGACUGAACUGUUUAGUAUUUGGCUUGUGUAGUUGAAAUUGUCCUGUAAUGACAGAUUUGUCUUGAUGUUAAUGACAGCUCAACAGUAAAUAAACUGCUCAAUAGACAAGAUGGUGUUAAAUGGGUGCCUGUUCUUAAACACAAGACCAGUACACUGGGCUACUUCAGUUUUAUCAUGAGCUUGCUGCAAAAUUUUUUUAAAAAAUACCCAACUCCCUCUUUGGCAUUUUUCUAUGUUGCAAUCAUAGAAUGUUAUGUCACUCAUGUAAAUUGUUCAGUGCAUUUUUUUUCUUUGGACUAAAAUUUCCACCUAAAUGGUGGGCAGCCAGAUCACUCCCUGCUCCAACCCUCAAAUCUCCACAACCACCUGCUGAAGGAGCAGCACUCAGAAAGCUAGUGCUUUCAAAUCAACCUAUUGGGCUGUUAACUAGUAUUGUGAUUUUUUUUUUUAAA